CUCGCGCAGUGUUGGUCACGACGGCGUGCGAUACGGACGAGCAGGUGCGCCGCUGGCUUAAGAUAUGGAGCCUGAUGGGGGGCAAUGGCCAUUUCCGGGUGACGCUGUCCCUCAGACGAGAGCCCAAUGCGGGACCCGUGUUCUGCAAACAGGAGAGCGAGAAGCGCUUCCGACAGUGCAAAACCGUCAAGUUGUCUGCUCAGGCCACUUACAGGCUCGACAUCAGCUUCAAGCCGCCUCAAGUGUUACAAGGUCUAGCGAUAGGCGGCAAAGAGGUGGACGCAAUCGAAAAAGCCCGGGACGGCACAGCUUGUGCUUACAGUGCCUAUCAUAGUACCAAGGGAGUGGAAGUGAGCGCCCGCGGUCAGCGUGAAGAUUUGCAGAUAGCCAUGAACGUCCUUGGCUCGGGAAAGCUCACCACAUGCCUACAAAUUAAAUAUUAUAAGUCGGGCGACCAGAGUCACUGUGAGUUCGGCUCAAGAUUGCACUGUAUCGAGUUGGACUGCUCGAGUGUCGAGGGCAGACUUGUGAUGGUCGACAAGGAGACUUACACAAAGACAGGAAUGGCGUCCUGACAUGCAGAGCUUGAACACAGACGCUUGUCCUCGGUGUUCGGUGUGGAUUAGGUGAUUGUAGAUUGAUGGAUUGGCAAUCGAUUGUGCAUUGUGCCGUACAGGAUCUUCUACGAUUUACACGCUUUCAUAAUACAAUUUUCACUUUAAUCGAAAUCUAAUUGAGUUACCAAAUAUCUUAACUUUCAUUGAGCUAACAAAAUAGAAUUCUUUUCUAUCUUUUCCAAGUCGAUUCUCAAAUUUUCAGUCAGACGCUGAGCUUUCUCAUUAGUGCAAUAUUGAAAAGAAGAGAAAAAAAAAGCAAUCGCUACUCAGCGCUUUAAAAACUUGCAAUUUAAAAUUACUAUUAUACGGAAAAUAUAAAGUAGUAUACAGAACAAUUAAACACCGCCACCGAACGUUUACGCGUUUACGCGAAUUUUUGGACGAAUGCUUGCACUUAUACGAAUUUACAAAAAAACUUUAUAGGACCAAAAACAAAACACAUCAUAGAAAAAUCGCACCUUCGUACCAAUUAAAAAAAAUAGUUUUUUAUCGAUCGCUAAUAGCUAUACAUAAAAAUAGAUGGAGCUAUUUGAUGGUUCGAAAAUUGGGCAUCAUGCUCGAUUGCAUAUUUUCAUCAAGUACAUUUUACAAACUUGUGAUCUAAUUAAUUAUAAAGAUUGCCUUUUCUCUCUUUCUAUAUCUCGUAGCUUUAUUAGAAAUUUAUCAUAAGGACUUUUGGUGCUACGUAACACCUAUAAUGAGCGCAUCCGUGAGUGCAUGUUACAAUGUUAUUUUUGAAAAGAAUCAAUUUUUCGUCACAACUAUUCCAAUUAUCUCCAUUCAAUCUUAUUAUAAUUGCUUUGUUCUACACGAAUAUGAUUAUAUCUCUCUGACUAAUCUGUAAUAAUGUUAAUUAUAUAUUAUAAUUUACUUUCCUGUCACGUUUCUUUUUAUAACUUUUAUACAAUUUACGCAUUUAUUAUCUUACUACUACUGCGCACUUUUACACUUUAACGAUAAAAAAUGAACUUGUUGAGAUAGUAAUAAAUGCAAAAUGUACAUUCGGUUGAGUGUAUGUAAAUAUUAAGAAAAAUUGUUCGUUUUACU